CCGAGGGGCGUCCAUGGGGCGCUGGGCGAGGGGAUGCCGGCAAAAUGAUGAAGCGUCGCGCCCUGGACGCGUCGUCUUGUCCCGCUGCCCCUCAUUGCGGGCGCCAUUAUUUUCCGUGUAUAUCGAUAGGCCUGCCAAUGGGAGGGGUACUUCAGCCCUACUCCAGACGCCGACGCAGACGCCGACGCAGACGCCGACGCGUGACGCGCCGCCGCUCACGAUAUUUGCCCUCUCAACAUCGUCCGCCUGAUAUCCGCUUCUUAUCGAUCCUCCGUGGGCUUCAGACGAAACCACUGAUUCAAUUCCUCACCUGAUACCAAAAGUCGAGCAACCAUGGCGCCGCUCGAGGUCCUGAUGGUCGGAACAGGCGAGUACACGACCGGCUUCGUGGGCGGUGCGGCUUCGACCUCAGACAAGAAGGUGGGAGUUGUAGGAUUGACACUGUUCGAUCUUCGUCGGCGAGGGAAGGUCGGCAAGCUGGGGAUGGUGGGAGUAUCGGGUGACAAGUUUCCGGCCAUCAGGGAGCAUCUGCAGAAGAAUAUCUCGCAAGCCUACAACGGUCUCGACGUGUCGUUCGAGGAGUACCCCAAGGCAGGAAAGCGCGAUCCGGAUGCGUACAAGGAGGCAAUUGACGCGCUUCCGAAAGGCAGCGCUAUCACUAUCUUUACCCCUGACACCACGCACUACCCGAUUGCUCUGUACGCGAUAGAGAAAGGGCACCACGUCCUCGUCACGAAACCAGCGGUCAAGCUCCUGGAACACCACCAAAAGCUGCUCGAGGCUGCACGCAAGCACAAUGUCUUCGUCUACGUGGAGCACCACAAGCGGUUCGACCCUGCUUACGCGGAUGCGCGCUUCCGGGCCGCAAAACUGGGAGACUUCAACUACUUCUACUCGUAUAUGAGCCAGCCGAAGAGCCAACUCGAGACCUUCAAGGCAUGGGCGGGCAAGGAAAGCGACAUCUCGUACUACCUCAACUCGCAUCACAUCGAUAUCCAUGAGUCUAUGGUCCCGGAUUUCACGCCGGUGCGCGUGAUGGGCAGUGCAGCGAAGGGCAUUGCAACCGAACUGGGUUGCGAUCCGCAAACUGAAGAUACUAUCACGCUGUUGGUAGACUGGGUGAAGAAGAGUGACCCCAGCAAGCGCGCGACUGGCGUCUAUACCGCGGGCUGGGCGGCGCCACAGAAGGCUGGUGUGCAUUCGAAUCAGUACUUCCACUACAUGGCCAGUAGAGGAGAGGUCAGAAUCAACCAGGCGAAGCGAGGUUACGAUGUCACUGACGAUGACACCGGCCUUCUGUGGUAUAACCCUUUCUACAUGAAAUACGCUCCCGAUGAGGAAGGCAACUUCGCAGGCCAGACUGGAUACGGCUACGUCUCCUUCGAGAAGUUCGUCGACGCCGUCAAUGCCUUGAAUGAGGGCAAGGUCACGCUAGAACAGCUAGACAGCCGUCCACUCCCCACAUUGAAGAACACCAUCGCCACUACCGCCAUCUUAGAGGCAGGCCGAAGGUCGCUGGACGAGAGCAGGCCGAUUGAGAUUAUUCAACAGAGUGGCACCUGGUCGCUGAAGUAAAAGCAGGCUCCUUCUUUUCUCGACUAUCGCAAUGGCGGCCGCAGUGCCUGGCGAACGCCUUUCGGUAUAGCGUUUGCGCCUUGUCUGUAGAUAAUUCUCAAAAGCCGCUAAGACUAAGUUCUCUAGUGCUGCAUGAUGUACCCGGA